AUGUACGGGAGAAAAGGAAGUGAGUUAGUUAAGGAACUUACGUGUGCAGAACCUGGACAACUCUUGGCUUUUAAUGAUGACUUGUUCUCCCAAGAAAUUGAAGAAUGUACUGGUCAUCUACACAACCUUGCCCCAUUAAUAAAGAAAAUAGAAGAAUUAAAGAAACUUGAAGAGAUGAAAAUGCAUAACCAGCAGCUGGAAGAAUUGGACAAACAGGCAUUAAAAGCUCACGACUCUGGAGCACUCAAUCAUCAUCUUUCUCUACUCCGCAACAAGCGUUGUCUGAUGACCUAUCUGUAUAACCGAGCAGAUAUUAUACAAAAGUUGGGAUGGACAGUUGAUAAAGUAGCUCUCCCAGAAGAAAUCGAAAAGAAGCUCAGUAGCUCUGAGAAAGAAUAUUUCAAGAAUCAUGGUGCUACUUUACAAUCUUAUAUUUCAGAGCUUGAUCUUGAAUUGGCUGUGGAUAUGGUUCCACCAAAAGAUCCCCUCAUCAAAGUCAGGGUGCUUGAUGAAAUCAGAAAUGUUGUUCUCAGUGAUCAGUCGGCUCAUCUUGCUUGCCAAGCUAUAGUUUUCCUCAAGCGAACUAAUGCUGAGCAGUAUAUUGCCCAAGGUUCAAUGGAAGAGUUAACUGGUUGA